AGUCGUUAGCGGGGGUUCGGCUCGCGCCCAGGUAGCUAUACUGGGGCUCUGCAGAACAGUGGGAGUUAGGAGUCGUGACAUUCAACAGUGCAUAUACCUUUAGGGACUGGUAGGAAGGCUUAGUUUGCACUGAACGUUGUAAAGUCUGAAAAUCUAGUUGGUGAGUGAUCGUUAAUAAAACAUAUUGCAUACUCAAGACUGUUGUAGCAGGUGGACGAUAUAUCUUUUUAGAUAAUUCGCAUACAGUAUCCCAGUCAUGGCGAUCACGAAGGCGACUCGCCGGCCCUCUCAGAAUCAGAGCCCCCGCACCAAGGGCAAGGGCAAGGGCAGUAACACAAGCAGCGGCAGCAGCGGAGGAAACCUCUACACACACUCCAGUCCGCCCAAAGUGCUGCCGAUGAACUCCUCCAACAUCCGCCAGUGGCUGAAGGCAGGGGACCUGGAGAAGCUGGAGGACGUCAUUAUCGACGGACAGGGUCAGAAGCUGCUCAAGGAGUCGUCGGCAGACGACAAGACCAGGGCGUUCCUUCGAUCGGUGCCCGACAGAAUUUCCAAGAUGGACGCCAUUCACAAGGUGGUGGAGGAGGGUGACCUGCGUCAGACCAAGAACCUGCUGGACCGCCGCAAAUACGCCAUGUCGCGAGACAAGAACGGUGUCAGCCUGCUGCAUAAAGCUGUGAUGAACGGACGAACAGAGGUCGCCGAGUACCUCGCCUCCAACUACCCGGAGAUCCUCAACCUCACGGACGCCGACGGUCGGACGGCCCUCCACCUCAGUGCCGCCUCCUCCGACCCUCGAGGCACCUACGACGCACUAGUGCGGGCCGGCGCGGACGAAAAGACUCGUGACAAGCGUGGCAGGCCAGCCCAGUACUAUCUGGAUCAUCCGGAUGACUUGGCUCUGCCCACCAAGGCUGAGCCGACCAGCAGGAAUCGGCAGCGACAGAGGAGGACGCCGCCUAAAGACCAUGUACGAGGGCGAAAACCUCGAGACAAUGGUGCAGCUGCUUCUAAUGGGGGUGCUGGUGGUUCUGGAUCUGGACCCGUGUCCCACGCCACGAUCCGGAUCUGGAUCCACGGCCGGGAUCUGAACAAGCUGGAGCAGAUGGUGCUGGACGGACAUGGCGAGCGUCUGCUGAACGAAACAGCCGGAUCGAACCGGGUCAACAAGUUCCUCACUUCGGUCCGACCGCUCAUGAUUCGGAUCCGUGAGCUGCACUCUGCGGCGAUAAACGGUGACUCGGCCAAGGUCGAGGCCAUGACUGAAGGCCAGUCACGUCUGCUGACCUCCAAGGACCAGAACGGACUCACCAUCCUUCACAAGGCUGCCGGCCUGGGACACGAGGAGAUUGUAGAAAAUCUGCUUGAAGUCAUGGCACCACGAGAAGCUGCGGCGGCUCUUGGCCACCGGACGAUCGUCGAAACAUCCUUGGGCACCGUCCGAGAUCAGAAGGACGAGCCAGACAACGACGGCUACACACCGCUCUUCUAUGCGGCUGCCAGCCAGAACAAGGAGAUCUACGACCUGCUGGUCAAGGCCGGCGCUGAUGUCAACCGGGUCGAUAAGCGUAAGAAGACAGCCGAGUACUACCGCGAGCACCCGAAGGAGAUGCCGAUGCAGCACGUCUACCAGCUACCGGACGCACCAAGAAACUCUGGCGACUCCCUGGGUGUUCCCGAUGGACCGAACAGGAGGAGGUCGGUCAGCACCGACCGACACCAGGGAGGUGACGGAGGACCGGCGGCGAAGGGCAAACGGUCCACUAGUCGCCGAGAGACGGACCAGGCCUCGUCGGACGCAGCGGCGGCCGCUCAGGCGCGUCUGUCGGAGCAGGACGUCACGCCGGGUCAGGUAGACGUCUGGAUCAGACAGGGUGACCUCGAGAAGCUGGAACAGGUGCUGGUCGACGGUCAUGGAGACGCCCUGGAGGGCAAGACCGCCUGGAACGAGCAGGCCCGCAACAUACUGAAGGUGGCGCCCACAUAUAUGGAGCAGAUAGCGGCCAUGCACAGUGCCGCCGCGCGCGGUGACGUGGCCGAAAUCAAGGAGCUGUCGCGCGUCAAGGGCCCCUACUCCAAGUCGACCAAGCUAGUGCAGUCGCUGGAUGAGAACGGUCGCCUGCCGCUGCACCUGGCCGCCUGGUACGGCCACACGCCGGCCAUACAGUUCCUCACAGAGAGGUACCCGGCAGGCAUCCACAUCAUCGACAAGGAUUCCAGAGCUCCUCAUCACUACGCCGCUAUGGCGAGUGACUCGAAGAAGGCCAAGAAAAACUACAACUACCUUAUUCAGAAGGGAGCCAACGAGAACAUCAAGGACAGUCGGGGUAACGUGGCCAGCUACUACCUGACCAACCCGUCCGACGAGUCCCGACCACCCACUCCAGAGAAAGGCGCCAAGCUGGGCGCCGCGCCGCGCCCGUCGCGCUCCGACUCGCCGAAACAAUCCCGACGCACCUCACGCGCCGCCGAAUCUCCGAAACAUUCCCGACGCACCUCGCGCGCCGCCGAAUCUCCGCGUCGAUCGCGACGAACCUCACACGCCGUAGAUUCGCCGCGUCGAAGCCCGAGCCGCGGUGCCGACCGUGCCCCCUCGCGGAGCGGAGACAGAGACGACAGAGAGGGAGGACAGGACAUGGAUAUGGACACGGUGGAGCGUCUACUGCUGACCGGCAGAACUGACGAAUUGAAGGGAGCUCGAGCCACAGACCCGGAGGUGCAGGAGCUGCUGGAUUCAGUACCAUUCAUAAUGGAGAAGAUAGAGAGCGCCCACCGCGCUGCGGAGGAGGGGGAGUUCAGAGACGUUCAGGCCCAGCUGGAUAGGAGGAAGCUGGCAGGGUCGACCCUCAAGGACGGGGCCAACCCUCUCCACAGGGCAGCCUUCAUGGGCAACACUGACGUGGUGCGGUACUUGGUGCAGAACUUCCCCGACACGAUGGAUGCCCAGGACAGGAACGGACGCACUCCGCUGCACUACGCCGCCGGCAGCCGCGACGGGGAGCAUGUCUACAAACUGCUGCAGAAGGCCGGCGCCAGGGACGACAUCAAGGAUAAGCGCGGUCGGGAGCCUCAGUAUUACGCCGACCACCGCGGAUCCCUGCGCUACACCACUGUCAGUCAGCAGUCGGAUAGCUAUGACGACUCAGAGGACGAGCAUGACGCGGGGGCGAAUCGACGCGACUCUCACGCAGAUCGCCGCUCCAGCGCUGACGGACGCAGCUCGCGCGUCGACCGCCGCCUCAGCGUGGACGACCGCGGCUCGCGCAGCGCGAGUCGCGUGUCGGCCUCCGGAGCUGAAGUCGAGUUCACUGAGGAUGCCUCGGACGCCGAGGUGCGCGAGAUCGAGACCGCCUUCGAGAAACUGCAGCGCUCGAACGCCACCUCGCUGCUGCGCAAGCACCUGACGCCGGAGGUGCUCGAGCAGGUGAAGCGGCGUCGCACGCGCCACGGCGCCACUCUGAUGGAUGUGAUUCGCUCCGGUGUGGAGAACCUGGACUCGGGUGUGGGAGUGUACGCGCCAGAUGGUGACGCGUACACGGUAUUCGCGCCGCUGUUUGAUCCGAUCAUCGAGGAGUACCACGCCGGUUUCGGACCCAACGACCGCCAACCGCCGGUGACGUUCGGCCAUCCGAAGCAGCUGACCAAAGUGCUCGGUAACCUGUCGCGACUGGGCAAGUACGUCAUCAGCACACGUAUUCGGACGGCGCGCAGCUUGGAGGAGUACCCACUGAACCCACUGAUGACCGAGACGGACUACAUCGACAUGGAGAGGGAGGUGGUCAAGGUGCUGCAGGAUCUGACCGGCGACCUGGCCGGAACCUACUACCCCCUGGACGGCAUGAGCAGCAAGGACAAGAAGCAGCUCAUCGAGGACCAUUUCCUCUUCAAGGAGGGUGACCGGUUCCUGCAGGCUGCCAACGCGUCACGGCACUGGCCAAAGGGUCGCGGCAUCUUCCACAACGCCGCCAAGACAUUCCUGGUCUGGGUGAGCGAGGAGGACCACCUGCGCAUCAUCAGCAUGGAGCAGGGCGGCAACGUCACCAGCGUGUACGCGCGACUCGUCACCGCGCUCGUCAACCUCGGCAAACACCUGAAGCUGCGCCGGGACCGCCGUCUGGGCUCGGUCACCUUCUGUCCGACCAACCUCGGCACAGCGAUCCGCGCCUCGGUGCACGUGCGCCUGCCGCGACUAGGCCGCGACCGCGCUCGUCUGGAGAAGGAGUGCGCGCGCCUGGGUCUGCAGGUGCGCGGCACUCACGGAGAGCACUCGGAGAGCAGUGAGGGGGUGUUUGACCUGAGCAACAAGCGACGACUGGGUCUGACCGAGAUCGACGCUGUGACGGAGAUGUACCAGGGCGUGUCGGAGAUUAUUCAGAUGGAGAAGGACGCCAAAAAGUGAGUGCGGUGGUCGCGAGAGACACGGGCAGAAGAGGUGAUUGAUAGACAGGGAAGCAUCAGGAUGUAGUGUGUACGUGCGUUUAUGAGUGUGCAUUCUAAGAGAUGGUUGGGCUCGAGAGACCGUGUCUUUUCUUUUGUGAGAUUUGUCGACCUGUCGACCUUUGUGUUUGUGUUUCGUCUUGUGACGGUUUCAGAAGAGAAUAAAGUAGCGGUAUGAGAGAUCGGUAACCAUGCACUUGUUCCUGUGUGAAAAGGUGAUUACUGUUGUCUAAUAACGUUCGAAAGUGGCGGUAGAGUGGCGAUUAUGAACAACAAUAAUUAUCAGCUCUCAAGUCGAAGAGCAAGUGACCGAGAAGUUGUUUUCAUUGAUCUGCAACGGCAAUGAAAACGUAGCUUUAACGUCGAUAUAAUUUUAAUGAGUUCGGUUAUAUGUAGAAUACAACUUGAUACCGUCUGCUCAGACUAAUAGUUAUGAAUCGGAAGAAGCGAGACGGAUCUCCGAAUGGUUAUUUGUGUCUGCCGAUUUGCUGAGAAAAUGUGGGCUUGAGAGCAAAGUGCAAUGCCUAUUUAGACGCUCUGUACGUUGCAUUGUAUGCUGAUGUGGCAUGUGGAUUUGGCUGUCAUACCGAAUGGGACUACAUGGUCGUAUUGUCCAGCCGUUGUGAUGUUUGCUUGAUACUAUAGCUAGAUCCCUAAACGCAUUGAACUAUGCAAAACUAAAACACUCUAUCAUAUCAUUAAGUUAGCGUCAUCCUCUAUCGUAGUCAAGCUCAUUGUCUUGCUUCUUGGAAAGCUCUACGCAGAGGAUGCGGUGCUUCUGUCAAUAGUUACAAUGUAAAAAUGUAGUCUGGAAGGCGAGCAACCGAUUGAAUAUAAUGUAUGCGCCCUGUUAGAAGUGCAAGCCUGUCGCUAGCUUCGUUUGUAUGCAAGGUAUCUUUUGGUUUCCAAUUCAAAUGUAACGGUAUAGCCUCGCAGCAAUAACACAAACAAAAUACUUCGAAAGAUAAAACCCCCUCCUGUUCAUAGUACGUAGUGUAUUUCACGUCAUACUUAUGACUAUUAGCUUGACGUACAGUUUGUCAUAGUGGUUGUGAAAUGUGAAUGUGUAGCAAUAAAAUAGUUGUGGUCUUCAAUAAACGAACAAGGGCAAAA